ACACGCGCUCCGGGCACCGCUGCCCGGGGGUGGCUGGGUCGGGGGAGGUCUGGCAAGGUGCGGGCUGCGCGGCAGCUCUCCCAGCGGCUCCGGCAGCGGGCUGGGCUCCCGCGCUCCGGCUGGCGGCGGCGGGUCCGGGUGUGGACCAGAGACACUCGCCGGGCGCUCACCUGCUGCCGCCGAGCCGCCAGCCCGGAGCCGCCCUGCGGCGGGCUGCCCCGCUCCCAGCCCUGCCUCUCGGGGAGCGCCCCGCCCCGGGCCCCCGGUGCCUCCGCUCCGCCACUAGCCCCCUGCCCCGGCGCCCGAGCCCGAUCCCUGGCUGGGCUCCCCCGGCUCCGCUGCGCCGCGCGGGCCAUGCCCUGGAUCCGGCGGGACCGGCUGCUCAUCCUGCUGCUGCUCGGGGCGCUGCUCAGCGCCGACCUCUACUUCCACCUCUGGCCCGAAGUGCGGCGGCAGCUUGCGGGGGCCGAGCCGGGCUGCCCCUGCCUGCGGGCGCCGCGCCCCGCGCUGCCCCCUUCGCCGGCGGCCGCCUCCCCGAGCGCCCGGGGCUCCAAGCUGCGGCGGCUCUUCGCUCACCCGCUCUACCGCGCCCCGGAGCAGCCGCCGCGGGGGCCGGAGGAGACGCUGCUCAGCCGGCAGGAGGCGGUGCGCUACUACCGCCGGAAGAUGGUCCGCUGGAACAGGAGACACAAGCUUUACAGAGAGGAGCUCAACCUAACAUCUCCUGACUCACUGCUGCAGCUCGGGCGGGAAGCAAGCUGGCUCCAAUUCCACCUGGGCAUCACUCGCUAUGGGCUGUAUCCCAGAUCCAGCCCUGCCACUAACAAACUCCUUCAUGACAUGCAAGAUUUUAACACUGUCAGUGCCGAUUACAGUCAGGACGAGAAAGCUUUAUUAGGAGCUUGUGACUGCACCCAGAUUGUGAAGCCCAGCGGUGUACACCUGAAACUGGUCCUGAGGUUCCAGGACUUUGGGAAAGCCAUGUUUAAACCCAUGAGACAGGAACGAGAGGAAGAGACUCCAGAAGAUUGUUUCUACUUCACUGACUUUCAGAGACACAAUGCGGAAAUAGCCGCCUUUCACCUUGACAGGAUCUUGGAUUUCCGACGGGUCCCGCCCACAAUCGGAAGGCUGAUCAACGUCACCAAGGACAUCCUGGAGGUCACCAAGAAUGAAAUCCUACGGAGCGUCUUCUUCGUUUCACCCGCCAGCAACGUGUGUUUCUUUGCGAAAUGCCCGUACAUGUGCAAGACGGAGUACGCUGUGUGUGGGAACCCUCACCUGCUGGAGGGAUCCCUCUCCGCUUUCCUGCCGUCUCUCAAUCUGGCCCCGAGACUUUCCAUCCCAAACCCCUGGAUCCGGUCCUACUCGUUUGCUGGAAAAGAGGAGUGGGAAGUGAAUCCACUUUACUGCAACACAGUGAGGGAGAUUUACCCCUACAACAGCGGCAACCGGCUGCUCAAUAUCAUCGACAUGGCCAUAUUUGACUUCUUGAUCGGGAACAUGGACCGUCAUCACUAUGAAAUGUUCACUAAGUUCGGGGAUGAAGGCUUCCUCAUUCACCUGGACAAUGCCAGAGGGCUCGGACUCUCUAGUCACAGCUGUGUGUCCAGGGCAUUGCGGGUAGCAGCUGUUCACCCUUGCCUUCCUUUGGCCCCUAGCUUUGGAAGACAUUCCCAUGAUGAAACCUCCAUCCUGGCUCCACUCUCCCAGUGCUGCAUAAUAAAGAGGACAACAUUACUACACCUGCAGCUCCUGGCCCUGCCCGAGUACCGGCUCAGUGAUGUCAUGAGGGAAUCCCUCCUGCUGGAUCACCUUGCACCUGUCCUCACUGAACCUCAUCUCUUGGCUUUGGACAGACGGUUGUGGCUCAUCCUGAAGACAGUGGGGAAAUGCAUAGACGCACACGGAGAAGACAAGGUUGUGGCCAAUGACACCAAGCAGCUGGAAGUGCCCUUCUUUGACAGAGUGAUGCCAACCAGCUAGAGCCUUAAAUUCUUUGGAGGGGCAGGGAAGAGCCCCUGGGAGCCAGCCGGUGAACUUUAAUUGCUGAUAAUUUUCACCUACACAAGCCUGUUGGAUUGAGAGUCGAAGCUCUUUGGAAGGGCUUAGAUUCUUACUGGGCUUUUAUGGUGACUGUGCCCAGCAAGACUGUUCCACUCAAGCUUCAGUGCAUGGGGUAAACUUUUGCAAGUACAUUUGCAGGCCAGGGCCUGACCACUAGACUCAUUCCAUGAGCUGCUGUCCCUCAGUGGAGCAGCACAGACUCAUCUGCUUUGUAGCUGCAGGAGAAGAGCCUGGGCAUUGGCUUGCUGUACCUGCAUGGGAGCCACAUCCUGUCCUUGACACCCCAAAACUGGAUCCAAGAAUGAGGCUUGAAUAAAGCCAUGCUGAAAGGAAAACGUGCUUAGCACGGCCAGGUUCUGUGAGAGAGCUCAUACACUUGAGUAAAAGUGGCCUUCAUCACUGCAAGCUAGGGCAGCAUCUGUCACCUUAAAGUCAAGAAGGCUCAUGGGGCCAGCUCAGCACCACCUGUCUACUAUUCAUGCAAUCAGAAACCCUCCAUCAGCCUUGGGUAAAAUGACAAGCAGCUCCAGGUGAGCUGUGUGUCACAAGGCCUACACCACAGAGCCAAAUAUUUGAGUUUUUCCAGCUGGUGUUAUGGGGGAGGGGGGAGGAAGAGGAAUUAUGCUGUGGGUUGCAAAGGAGAGGCAAUUUAACAUUCAUAGUAUUUAGGCCCCAGCAGUGCAGCUCUGCAAAAGAUAAAGAGCUUGACAGAGAUACAUCCACUCAGCCAAGAGCAUGACUGCCUUGAGAGCUGGGAUGCUAAGCAAGGGGCUCUCUCUCAGGUUAAUGUAGGCACAGAAUAACAGCUUUAAAAACCAAUAUUUAUUUAAGCAAUUGUUAAGCAGUUCAUCAGAACACAGUGGAAGCUUGCAAGAGAUUCAUCCUUCAUUCUCUCUAGCACCUCUGCAGAUUUCAAAAAGUAUCAUAGGAACUGGAGACCAAAAACAAAACAUGCCAGCUCCUCAAAAGGCCUUAGAUAAGCUGUCCUCUUCCCCUUGCCUCCCUAGGAUGAGGCUUAAGAAUAGUUUGCUAAUUGAAUCUUUACCAACUGGUUCCAUUUUAAGUGUUCAGAAUGAUGGAGCUGAGCUUUUUGGUAGCAGUUGAGAACUUGUGUUAUUUUCCAGUGAUUUUUCCAGUGAUUUGUGCCAAAUUAUCAACACCACUGUAUUCUGCGGUGUGCUUGACAGAACAUUUGACACCUGUCAGCUGAGAAUUUGACUCAGAUUGCAUUUGAUGCAUUAAGCCUUUACAAACAAGACACAUGGAUUUCAACUAGAGUUCUUAACCAUCUUUGAGCAAGCUGCCUCAGCAUUAGUUUUGUUGCUAGUUGAAAUUUACUAUUUUAAGUCAGUGAGUUUUCAGUCAUGAUAACAGGUGCAAAAUGAAGAUUAACCUCAACUCUAGCUUAAUCAAGUCUGUCCCCAUCCCACAUACCACCUUCCCCAUGGGACUGUACUUUAAACUUCCCCAACUCCAGAAUGAUUUUUAAAUUGGCUGUAUGUCAACAUACUAUAACAGGUCCACAGCAGACUGCAAUUAUCAGUUGGAGUAAUCAGAGUUGUGUUUUGGCAAAGCUAACAUCUUCUCAGUGAUUCUGUGGCAAUUGUUAGUGGUAAAUCUUUGCUAACCCAGAGUGGGAAAGCAAGACAGAUCCCCAGUUUUUCCUGUCUGAGGAAGUUUGAUUUGUUGUGUCUUUUAUUAAAGCUUCCUCCAAUAUUUUAAUGUAAUAAAGAUAAGAAACCAAAGAA